CCCGCCCACUCCAUCAGACCCGCUCCGUCCUACCGCUCCCGCUCUAUCCCGCCCGCAGCGCUGCCUUGCCGGGCCGUUCCGGGGGAGCUGCUCCUUUCGGCCGGGACGAGGCGGCUCUCCGGGCUCUGGCCGGGCGGACGUGCCCGGCGCGGUAAGCGCGGAGAGGGGCCUGAGCUGCGGGCGGGGGUGGGCGAGCGGCCGGGAGAAAAGGACGGCUCUGCCCUGCCCGGCCGUGUCCCUGUCCCUGUCCCUGUCCCUGUCCCUGUCCCUGUCCCUGUCCGUCCCCUGCCGGGGUGGGCGCUCCCGUGGGCAGCCCCCAGCGCCUGGAGUUCAGCCUGCGAUUAACAGGUGGCUGAGCAGGUUCGGAACAGGGACCCGGCGGCUCCCGCAAGCCUGAAGGUGUGUUUCCCAGCCCACUGCUCUGUCUUGGAGUGUCUCCCUGUUUUGGUCUGUUCCUCUCAUUGGAGCUUCCUAGAGGCUGUGCACACAGGGGUGCAGAUUUACGUAAUCACUGUGGAAACAAACAGAAGUUUCAGGCUCUACUUAGAGGUAAUCAGGUGGGAUUUGGUAUUCCUCUGAAAAGACCACGAAUCUGAACUCCAACCCUGCCCACCUAGGGUAUUGAGAAUUAGCAAGAAACAAGGACCCUUAGGUCAGCUUUGGAGGCAAUUGUUGCUGGUUUCAAGGACAGUUUCAGACAUACACAAAACCAGAUAUGCCUUUGUGGUCUCAGUGGUGGUGUAAGCCAUGAAGUUUUGUUGCUGAUGGGGUGUGUGUUCAGUUUUGCUUUCAUUUUGAAAGUGGCAUUUUGAGCCCGUUUAUCGGCAUAGAGAAAUUUAGGUUGGAAGGGACCCCUGGUGGUCAUCUGGUCCAAUCUCCUGCUCAAAGCAUGUUCGACUAGAUCAGGUCUGUGUUUGCUGAGGUGCACCAUGUCUGCCCUGAGGCUGAUCUCUAACAGGACCUCCCAGUCCAACUCUGAUUACACCUGGGACUACGAGUACUAUGAGUAUGGCCCGGUGUCAUUUGAAGGCCUGAAGGCUCAUAAGUAUUCCAUUGUGAUUGGAUUUUGGGUUGGUCUUGCAGUUUUUGUCAUCUUCAUGUUUUUUGUCCUGACCCUGCUGACGAAGACAGGAGCACCACAUCAAGACAGUGCAGAACUUUCUGAAAAAAGAUUUCGUAUGAACAGCUUUGUGGCGGAUUUUGGAAGACCUUUGGAAUCUGAUAGGGUCUUUUCUCACCAAAUGGCUGAAGAAUCUCAGUCGCUUUUCCAUUUCUGCAUUAAUGAAGUGGACCAUAUGAACAAAGAAAAAGAGAGUCAGAAAGGUCCAAGUCUGGAGAGUAAUACCCACUUCCAGGAGGUUCCCAAAAGCAGUGGAAUGUUUGAGGAAGACCCACGUUGUCUUACAAAAUUUAACAUUCCUAACUUUGUGAACACUGAGCAGAACUCUUCAUUAGGUGAGGAUGAUCUUCUCAUCUCAGAGCCACCAAUCAUUUUAGAAAACAAACUGGUUAUGCAAUCUUCCCAUCGGAUCCUUGAUUAAAAAAAAUCUUUUAUUUUAAGGUAAACAUUCCCAUUAUUGUCCAAUCUGAAGCCUUUCUGAGCCUCCUGCUCUUUUGACAGAAGGUAUUUCCGACCUGUGCUUUUUAUUGUAUGUAAGACUGGCCAUACUGACAGAACUCAGUUUAGACAAGAAGUAAGACACUGAGUACUUUAUUCUGAUGCCUUCUGUGGUCUAAAACUUCUGCUCAGUAUUAUUUUUGCUUUUUGAUUUUUUUGUUUGUUUCUUGUAUUGAUCUUCAUUUUUAAACAACUACUUAUGACCAGCUUCUGAAGGAUAAUAAUUUACAAGGACUGUGAAGACUGGAGCCUGGCAUUGGAGGUCUGUGAAAAUUCAUUGGCCAAGAAAAGUGUAAAUCUCAAAGAAGAUGGAAGAAAUGAAUAAACAGCCCCUAGGGAGGUUCUGUAGUUUCUGCUACUCCCAAUAAGGAUGUGUGAAGCUGAGCAGCACAAUAAAUAUCUGCUUGGGACUAACUUAAGUUUCUGAUCCUUAACUGCUUUAAUUUAAAAAGCUUCCAGAGGGAGUAGUUGCAAAUUAAAUUGUUUGGUUACAGUGUUUACAAAAUGCUAUCACCACCUGCUGCUGAGUAAAAGCAAAUAGGUACCUGUAAUUAUACUUCAGAAUGACACCUCAGCAGCUGCCCCGUGAUGACAUGGAAUUAGUAUUCUACACACAAACACAGACUGUGAUUUGACUCUUUUUUUUUUUCCUGUUAAUUGCUGAUGUGAGCUUCUGUUCAGUAAUUACAGGAUUCAGUGGCUAAAUCACAGGAAAUAAGAAAAAGAGUUUUCUUUUGCCAAUAAAGUUACUACAUGCAAA